AAUCGGUGACCAGCAUGAGGAGAAGACGCACUAUAUAAUAACAAUGAAGCCUUGAGCCAGGACGCAUUAGUGGUAAAGAUACACACUACAACACCCAAAAAAAAAAGAGUUAAAAUUUCAAUUAGGUUUCUUUGACACUCAUAUCUGUCUUAGAUUCUUGUGCUCAAAGAUAUCUUAAAACUGUUUACCUUUUCUCUUUCCAUACAAAGUUUAGAUUUUUUCAAGAGGCUUUUGAUCAGAAUCAAUGGAGAUCACAGCUGAAAAGAUGCAAAUAUCAAGGUUCAAAAGAAUAUGUGUCUUCUGUGGAAGCAGCCAAGGCAAGAAAAGUAGUUACCAAGAUGCUGCUGUUGAGCUUGGCAACGAACUGGUUUCAAGGAAUAUUGAUCUAGUCUAUGGAGGUGGGAGCAUAGGAUUGAUGGGUUUGGUUUCACAAGCUGUUCAUGAUGGUGGUCGUCAUGUUAUUGGAAUUAUUCCCAAGACCCUCAUGCCUAGAGAGUUGACUGGUGAAACAGUAGGAGAAGUAAGAGCAGUUGCAGAUAUGCACCAAAGGAAAGCUGAGAUGGCUAAGCACUCUGAUGCUUUUAUUGCCUUGCCAGGUGGCUAUGGAACCCUUGAAGAGUUGCUUGAGGUCAUAACUUGGGCUCAGCUUGGAAUACACGAAAAGCCGGUGGGUUUGCUCAAUGUUGAUGGAUACUACAACUCUCUGCUAUCAUUCAUCGAUAAAGCCGUUGAAGAAGGAUUCAUCAGCACGACUGCUCGUGAGAUCAUAGUCUCUGCUCCUACUGCUAAAGAGCUUGUGAAAAAGCUAGAGGAAUACGCACCUUGCCAUGAAAGUGUUGCGUCUAAGCUUUGUUGGGAGACAUAACGGAUUGAAGAAUGACCAAGAUCAAGAUCUAAUAUAUCUAUAUAACUAUUUUAAAUAUUUUAUAUAUAGAUAAUGAAAAUGUGGGAGAUUUUCAAGAUUUCAAUCUUACUAAAAAGGGAAGGAAUAGAUUCUGAUUAGUUGGGGCAAAGUAAAAAAAUAUUUCCACUACGGAGGAAUUAUUUUGUGUAAAUUAUUAUUAGUUGUUGUCUUUUUAACUCCAAACUAAAUGUCUUUUGAUUCUGUAUGAUCACCAACUCUCUUCUGUUUUUUUUUUUUUUGGACAACCACCAACUCUCUUCUGUAACCAAACAAAAAAUAGUCUCCCACUUUCGUCUCAGAUAUUUUAUUUUGUAUACUCAGUUCUAAAUAGUAAAUACUACGAGAAAGGCACACAUAAACAGAGGAAAACAGUACAGAAAAAAAACAAAAUAUGAUUUUAUUUCAAACUUAACGAGUUUACUAGUGGAAUUUUUUCAGUCUGAUGAUUUAGUUAAAAGUGUAUUAAUAUGUUUACAUCCGAAAAUUUGAGAUUUGAUUCCCAAAAUGUAAUUUUAUUAAUAAUUA